CAUGUAAUGGCGGGUAUACAAUGAUAACUCUAGUAUAAACAUAGUCACAAAUCACUGAUGUUGUUGUCAUUGUUUUACACAAUUACACCAUCCUUAUUAAAACGGCCAAUAACUAUGGCUAAAAAGAGUCUUCUCUUUACUUAUAUCUUGUGGCUAUUCCUUGGAGUGUUUGGAAUUCAUCACUUCUAUCUUGGACGAGAUAUCCAUGCCUUUCUAUGGUGGUCGACGUUCGGUGGAGUGUUCGGUUUAGGCUGGUUUCGUGAUAUUUGGAGAGUGCCAGAUUAUGUUGACGACGCCAACGAAGAACCGUCAUACGUAGAGCACUUGAAAGGAAAAAUCAAAAGAGGCACGCCGCAGUUUAAUGCCAGCCGUUUUGCAGGACAGUUGUUGGUUGGCUAUUUCUACGGUUUUCUUGUCAGAAUAGCAAUCCCUGAAGAAUAUCCUCUUUGGACGACAGGAGUGGUUGUACCUUUUGGAGUAGCUGUCGGCGUUUAUCUGGUUGGGAACGUUGGACGAGAGAAAGGAGACUUCAUUACUCCUUUAUGUGUUAGCUAUAUAUCUAAUGUCAUAUUGGCGUGCAUUACAAAACAAGAACCAGGUAUAAUGUACGUUGCGUUGUUCAGCGCCCUAGCAUUUCAAAAUUACCGUGAAUUCAGAACGCAAAGACGACCUAAACGAGGCGUUUGCAAGCGAUUUUUCAUGAUUUGCUUGGGAGGAUGCCUUGUCAUGGGAUUGUGGAUUUCAUUCCUGUAUCACAACGCGGCUGUUGUCACUGAAGAUGGUGAAACUAUCAAACUUAAGGUUGCGAUUAAUCAUUUCUUUAGUUCACCAUUGUGGAGGGAUUUUAAAGAUAUUAUGAGGCAGUUGUUCAAAGAAGCACGGACACAUGGCUGGCAGAAGCUCUUUGAUGAGUUGGUGCGAGCAGCUGAUCCCACGGGUGAGCAGAAUGCUUUGAAAGUGCUAAACUUGACAGAAAAUGCUACUCAGCAAGAAAUCAAAAACCGUUACAGGCAACUAGCCCGCGAAUGGCAUCCUGAUGUAUAUCGCGGAGAUAAAGACUUUGCGCAGAAACGCUUUAUACAAUUACAAGAAGCUUAUGACAUUCUGUCAGCAAUCAAAGCACGAAGAUUGUCGAAGAACCAAAAGAGAAGAGACGAUUAUAACAAAUUUAAAAGAUAACCCCUCAUUAGUUCAGAGAUUGUUGCAUUAUUUACCAAACAGAACGAACAUGUUGACAAUUAAUCAAUGCUGAAAGAUAGUUCAGUUCCAUGUGCUCCGUUAUUAGACUUUAUCUCUCUUCUGUGGAAGAGCUUAAGAUUGCAUAUGUAAAUAACACGGAAACCUGAUCAAAACGAAGAAAAACUUGCCUUAUCUUUAUUUUGAAAUUUAACACAACUUUUUGUGCAGAUGGAGCGACUGGGACUAACGGCUAUCUAUAAAAUGUGCUCUAAGUGCCAGAUUUACUCUAUCAGUGUUGAGAACUUCGUACUAGAACAUAUUCUUUUUAGCAAUGUGUACAAUACCAAGCAAUUUUAAGCAUCAACUAUUGUAUCAAAAUACACACACGUGAGUCAAAACCAUCGUCAAAUUGGAAUAAGUCAAUUUUACAAGAGUUAGAAUCAGUAGAAUUUUACAGCAGUUUAACUAUUUCGCUACAAAAUAGCAGUUCAACUGUUAAAUAUUUACACACCAAAAUCCAAGCGAAGGGUAAAGUUCAAUCCAGGAAGAAAGACCGAACGCAAAGAGUACUGCACAUGUUUCCACGCGCCUUCUUCCAUUAACUAGAGAUUUAUCAUCUGCCGUCAUGUUUUGAUUUGCAUACCAUGCGUUCAUUACUAUUGCGUAAUCAACGCUACUUUCUGGAAAAUAUCAUCGUUUACGGUUAAUUAUUUGACUUGUUUCAACUGAAUUCUUGUUAUCAACAAUGAUUUUUGCUUAAAAUACAAAUCAUCACAUAAUAGUGAUUUUUCGUGUCAGAAUAGACACAAAGAUUGGUGUUAAA